CAACACCACGACCACAACACCACGUUCUCCGACACGGAACCGUCUCUCACGCCGAUUCACACCACCUCACCUGUGUCACCUAUCCCAAACUCCUUGCAUCAUCACCAACCCUCGCCCUGCGCGCUCCAUUUGCCACUGCACCUACCCAGGCGCAAGAGGCCUUAGCUCCUACUCCAAAUCAACCUCUCAACCGUCAUCUCUGCCCGCGCGCCCUCCCCCCUCCGCCGUCCCGGCCGCAGCUUUCAAACCGAACUACGCCAACCCGCCCUCCAACUAUGCCGCCGCGCCUUACCAGUCCCAGGGCUUCGUGCCUCGUGGUGUCCAGCCCGCCGCCAUGAGUGCGCCUUCCUACGGCGCACAGCCAUCAUACAAUUCCUCAUACCAGUCCAGCAACUAUGGCGCCCAACAGGGCUACCAACCCGAACAACCACAAGACGUAUAUGGCACGCCUCAGAUCCGCAACCCCUUCCCGCUCCCCGGCCAGCCCGGCGCAGCAGGGCACUACGAUGCCGCCGCUGACCCAGAGAUGGAAGCGCAGAUCGCACAAUGGCAGUCCGCAUACUCGAAAGACAAUAGCGCCUCUUCCCAGCCCACCGGCCGACCGACAUACGCCACAAACCCCAGCGCAGCAGGCGGCACCAGCGGCGCCGCGACGAGCGCCAAUGCCGCGCCGCUGGGAGGUCGCGACGUGAGUUCCGCAGUCAACGCCGACACAGGCGUAGCGACCGUGGUGGGCGGGAAGGAUGGGAAACAAGCUACGGUCGUGCGCUCCGGUGGCGGGACACAGUGGACCGACUCAUCGCUACUCGAGUGGGACCCCGCGCACUUCCGCAUCUUCGUCGGCAACCUCGCCGGCGAGGUGACGGAUGAGAGUCUGCUGAAAGCCUUUGCGCGGUGGCCAUCCGUGCAGAAAGCGCGCGUGGUGCGCGACAAGCGGACGACGAAGAGUAAGGGGUUUGGGUUUGUGAGUUUUGCGGACGGAGACGAUUUCUUUCAGGCCGCGAGGGAGAUGCAGGGGAAGUAUAUUGGGAGUCAUCCCGUGCUGAUUAAGAGGAGCACGACGGAGAUUAAGGCGGUGGUGCCGAGGGAUAAUAAGAGGGGGAAGGGGGGAAGGAAUAAUAGGGAUAAGGAUAGGGGGAAGGGGGGCAGGGGGUGAAGGAGGGGGGGGUGCAGAAGGCGGGGCAGAAGACGAAGGGGGGGUUGAAGAUCCUGGGGUAGUGCCCGGGAGGAUGGGGGGGAGUGUUGUGAUGGGCGUUGGGUGGUUUGUGGGAGUUGGUGGGGGAUUACUUGGGGGUUGUUGUUGUUUGUAGAUGGGAGGUUCUCAGCGAACGGAAGGAAUGUGGCUAUGUCGGAUAGUUGUAUGGUAGUUAAUAGAAUCAAGACUCCGUCCGCAGUCACAUCGAGGCGGUGACAAACAGCAUCACUCAUCCCGUCACCAACGCGUUGGUCAGACAACCCCCAACCCCGUGACACCAAAGCACGUGACUACCCACACAUCUUUGUCACUGGUGUGCCAUGACGUGAUGCAUCCUCAAAACCUAUGGGUCAGCUCGGGGGAGGAGGGAAGGAGGACUGAGGGUAAUGGGAGAUAAAGUGAGUAGAGGGUAAGAGGUAAGAGGGCG